AUGAAAUUAUAAGGAUUUAAUAUUGAUUAGAAUAUUUAAGCAAACAAAAGUGAGAUUGUUCCUCUAUUAAUUAAAAGUCGAACUUAAAAUAGCAAGCUUAAUAGACUGAUUAUGUGGUUGAUAGAUAAAGAAACUAGAUUUUUUUCUAUUAUUGCUGUGAGAAAGAUCUCAAAUCUAAAUUAUAUAUCAGGUGAUGUAUCUUUGCUAUAUGGAUCGGAUAGUCACAUCUUAUGGAUAAAAAGAUUUGCAAUUCCUGGAUCUUCAUUUAUUGGAUUGAUCAUACCUUUAUUGUUGUUUUUACUUUUGUACAUUAAUAGAGAAAAUCAUAACAAGAUAAAGUUUCGAAGACAUAUAGGAUAUUUAUUUAAUGAGUAUACCUAAAAGAACUAUUUUUGGGAAAUGAUUAAAUUGUGGAAGAAAACUAUUAUUAUUAAAACUUUAAUCUACUUUGAAACUUACAUAUUUUUGAAAGCAACAUUAUUAGGGCUUUGCUUAAUGUUUUACCAAUUGAUUGCCUUGAAGUAUAAACCCUUUAUACUUAAUAUGUAUAAUCAAUUGGAUAUUCUAAGCGGUCAAUAUUGUUCUAUCACUAUAUUUUUUGCAGUUGUCAAAUAUAUAUGUGAAUAAUCGGAGUAAUAUAAUAUUUCAGAACUCAUUCAAAAUUUAAUUAUUAUUUUGAGCAUUAUUUUCAGCUACCCCUUUAUUAUCAAAAUUCUAAAGGUCUAUUAUAGUAAAUACAAGCUCGUGGUUUUAACAUCAUUUUAAAAGGCUUUCCUAGCUUUAAAUUCACUAAGUUUUUGA